GGAGGGCCCCCUGCAGUGCCCAAGAAGACGGAGAAAGUCUUGCAGAUGAGCAAAAUCCUCAACCCCGACUCUCUGGCCCCAGGGUACUCAGGACCCCUCAAAGAAGUGCCCCCAGAGAAGUUCAAUGCCACUGCCAUCCCCAAAGGCUACCGAUCCCCGUGGCAGGGACUCCUCGGGGACAAGGACAGUGCUGUGUGUGGCAUGAACCAGCUGCCCACGAGACCCUUUCCGUGGGACUUCAAGAGCUUCAACAGGACCCCCGCCCCGUUCGACAGAGCCCUGCUCAGCGACCCCUUCUCCCUGCCCACCGUGGAGCUGGAGAGCCUGAGCGCCCUGGAGGUGAUUUCCCACAGACCCAACUUCAACAGAGCGGCGCAGGGGUGGGUGAGGAUCCUGCCGGAGAGCGAGGAGCUGUAG